CUCAACUUGUGAGGAAGUGUUUUGAGCCGGACAUCUUGAGCCGAUGGGAACCGAUCCAUCGCCGUGAACCAAUGCGAUAUUUUGGUCAUAUCUUCAGUUAACAUUCAGACUCGGGCGCGAUCAGUUGGUUUUCAAAAUCGAGUGCUUCCCAAAAAAGGUGGCAAAAAAGCAAUAAAAUAAUACCGUGAAUUGAAGCACCAGUAGGUGCGAAUAAAUAGGAUUAAUCCGGAAGCAAGAAAGUUCAGUGCAUUUUUGUGAUUGAAUCUGGAAAAGCAAUCGCUGAAAGAAGUAUAAAUCUUCUGAAGUGCAUUCUUAACAAAUGGAACCGCGCUUCGACAUCAACCUGGGACGAUAAUUUAUUUUAGCCUACCAGUGCCCGCGAUUUGAAUUGUAACGUCGAAACAAUGGACACCGUCUAUGGAACGAAGAAGUACUUCCAGAGCCUGUCCGGCGUGAGUGACAUAUACAGGGCCCAGACAUGCCGACAAAUGAGUGCGGACUACACUUACCAGAACACUAUUGGCCGGAGGUCGCAGCUCGGGGCCUAUUAUCACAUGAACAAGCAGCCCUCGUACACCAAUGAGCACAGCUUGAACAGUCAGUAUGGCUACAACACCUGGGGAAUCUGGCGUGAUGGCAGGAACAUUGCCCCCUCCACGUUCUCGGCCAAAACACACACCCAAUACCCGAAGAACCGAUCCUUCUCCAUCAUCCUGACCACGGCAGCUUUUAUCGUUCUGUUGGCAGUGAUCUCGAUCGCCGGACUGGCAUUUUAUUUCAGUUCCAUAAAGUCUACACUGGAAGAUCCAAUCAUGGGUUUCGAGGGCUCUUUCCGCAUCGCCAAGGGAGAUCUCUAUUCCACGGGCCUCAAGUACAACCACACAACCACGUAUAAGCAAAAAAUAGACUUUUACAAGAGAUUCGUGGAGCGAGCCAUGAUGGAUAAUGGACUGCAGCCGCUGCGAGCCGAUGUGUGGGGAUUUGGCGAGGGUCCUCUUAUCAAGGUCUCGUUCCGGGUAUUCCUGGAUGUCCGCAAGUUGCCACAAAACAUUCUGAGUGUGGAGGAGUACAUUAAAGAAUCGCUGUUCCUAGAAACCUCUGCCACCAAGUCAUUGUACCGUUCUUUGAGAAUUGAUACGGAGUCUGUGGAGAUCAAGAGGAUAAUGGACGAGCAAGUGGUGCGAUCUGCUGCUAUACUGAAGGAAGCCCAAACGGUUCCGACUAGUCAAACCCAAUUGGAAAAGCGCCUUAUGAAGAAGGGCAGUACCCCGCCACCAUCUCCACUUCAUCCAAAGCCCCUGGGCGGUAACACCACGCCCAAGCCAAAGAAUCCUUUAGUGCGUACCCAUUCCGCCGAUGAUGAGCCCGACAUAGAUGUGGAGAACGCUCCUGUAAUUCAGGGCUCCUUUGAGGGUUCGUUUGAGAUCACCAAGACGGAUGCGGACAUCGCCAGGAAGAAGACGCCACCAACUCGAGCUUACCAGAGCACCAGCAGCACCUUGCCACCCAAAUCAAUUGCUGUGACACCAUACUCCCUAAGGGUGAAGCCUAAGAAGCCCAGUAUCGAAAAGCUCACCACGGUGCUGCCCCAAAAGGUGCCGACUGCAGCUCCCACUACCAGUACACGAGCAACCACUAAGGCCACCAAACCAUCUACCACCACCCGCAGGACGACUAGUUCUACAUCAAGCACUACAACUACCACAACGACUACCACCACAACUCCCAAGCCAACUACAACUACGGAGGCCACAACGACCACAACAACAACCACGUCUACAACUACUCCUGCUCCGCCGGCAACUACCACACGACCUGUCGCCACAACUACGACCUUCACCUAUCCGCCAGUGAAUCCACCUUCACCGGCUCCAGCUGCAUCUCUGCCAAAAUUGGACGCCAAUUUGUUCACCACAUUCCCCAUUUUGGACACGCAGCCCUGGCGACCAAUGCAUCGGGAGGUACCAGAGCUUCUGCCAGGUCCUCCACCAGCUUUUCCAACCAAAAUGCUGCCUGGAGGCGUGACCACGCCCACUGUUAACCACAUACCCCAGCGGAGGAUAGAUGAGUUUGAGCUGCCAUUCAUCGGGGACAAUCCAACUCCUCCGACGGCAGCUGUAGCACCCGUGACGAUAGAUCCUUACAGCCUGGGUUUCCUAAAUCCUGGAGUGCGAGUCCAAGAGGCAAAGCCCCAUCCAGUACAGCAGCCACAACAGGAACAGGACAUGCUUUUCUAUCACAACUUUGGCAGUCCUAUUUUUAUGCCAGGCACCGAGAAUAUAGAACGAUUGGGAGGAGCCCUGGUGGAACCACAUCCAUUGCCUGUACCCCUCAUAGAUGAUGUCAUCAUACCACCAUUUAAGCCCAUAGAUCCUACGAUUGGAGCCGGCGAAAAGCUGCCCUUUAAUCUGGAUGCCAGUAACGAACGAUUUGAGCACUUGGGCGGAGGAGUCAUUGCCAAGAAGCCACUGGAUAAGAUCGAGAAGAAAGAACCGCAAGUGAAGAAGGAGCCUCAGGUUAAUGAGGGUUCUGAGAAGAAGGAAGAGACCAAGCAGGAAGAGCUUAAGACUGUGCCUCUUGAUAAAAAGGAACCAAAUUCGCCUUCCACCACGCCGAAAAGUAAAAAGGAUACUCUUGAAAAGAUUGGAAGUACCACCCCCGCAAAGAUAGCGGCCAGUAGCUCUCCCAAGCCCACCAAGGCUCCGUCUUUGCCGUCUCUGAAGCCCACGGAUAACUCCGUGCUGGCCGACACAAUUGGAGAAUUUUUCAUGGAGCUGCUGAAUUUACCUAAAGAGGACAACGCCACCGCCACUCCAAAGCCAACUGAAGAUGCUAUUGAAUCCCGGAUAGAGCCCGAGGAAGCUGAGACCCCAAAGAUUCCCACUGGCAACAAGUCAAAGCCCAACUUCAUGAACCUUAAGGAGAUUAUUCUGCAAAGGAAUACUCCAUCAGCGAUUUUGUCCAAUGCCACAUCUGAUCAGGAAUUUACAACAACAACACCAACCACAACCACUACGACAACGGAGGAACCAAAAACCACAAAGAAGAACCGCAUUCGCACCACCAGCGAACGUCCAACCAUGCUGGAUGACUCCAAUCUGUUCCCCUCGCACUCCAAGUGGGAAUUCGUGAACAGCUCUUCAGCGCAGGGAUUCGGGCACAAUGGAAACAUGAGGAAGGUGUUUAACCAGACACUUCAAGCUUGGGUUUCAGAGGAUAUUGACAAGUCUGAAAACUUCACGCUGGACGACAUCAAGACCAGGAUCAAUAACGCCAGCAACAUUCAGGAUAUAUCCUUGAUCUUUGACACACUGGCCUCUAAGCUGGGGAUUACACCGAGCGUGCCCACCAAGUUCCCGCCUUUUUCGCAGAACAAGCUGAAGCAUCCGCCUAAGGAGGACAUCCGAAGACCCGCGUCGACUACUUCGACCACCACGGAAGCAGCGGUACCGUUAGUUAGGGAAUCUAAUCUGCCCAUAGAGCGGGAGCCCUUCAUCAAGCCCAUGUCUAGUUUUAUUGAGGAUGGUUCUUCGGAAGUUCUGGGCGCAGCUAUUCCCGUCGUGGGUGAAGCAGAGGUGGAAGUAGUAGAUCCUCAGAAGUACGAGGAGAUGCUGAUCUCGCAGUUUGCCUCCAGUACUACGGAGCCCAGUAUGCAUCGUCUGGUGACGUUGCUCCCAGUGAGAUCCAAUUCCGGAAUUCGCACCUACCGCCCACCCACUGAGGAUCUGGAGACGCAGCGCAGCAGCCAGAGUGGAGAGGCUGCGGCUCCGCUUCCCGGAAAGAUCAGUAUCCGGCGUAAAGGCAACCUCAAUCAGAGCCGGAGAUUCGGCCCACCACCCGCGGAGGCUGUGGUCAAGGGUGGCAUCCAGGUGACGGUGAAGAAGUGAUCAUACAGUCGGCCAAAUAGCUUCACCAUGAGAUUAACGGCGGAGACACGUUCUACUCUAGAUCCCAAUGAGUUAGCCUAGAAAACUAUUCCGUAGUCUUAAGUAGGGAAUAUUAUUUAGUUAGGACCUAUCGAAAGAGAACGAAAUCUUGUUCGAAAAUUGUUUUCCCUUGAAUUGAAACAAUUUUGGAAUGACAAUUCCGUUUACAGAAGGCUAUCGUUGGCCAAUCCUCAGUAUUUAAGUCUAUCAUCAUUCCAUUCAUUGUUUAAGUAUCGAAUAAUUAAUUUAUAUACGAUCCUGCGAUUUACGAACAUUAUUUUUUGUCAGUUGUAUGCGAAUUUUAUGUUAAUGUUAGCUCUGGA